AUAGAUAUGUUGAAGUUCCCAAGAUUAUUAGUAAAUCACGUGAAAGCGUUGGCGACGCCCGCUUUACCGAGCAAGGCGGAUCAUCUGUCACAACAAACACGGAACACCUUUAUUCUCAAGAGAAGAUUUCCAACGUCUCUCCACGCGAAGAAUUCCAGGCCCCAUCGAUUGAAAAAGAGGCAUUUUGUAUACGAUCUCGUUGAGGAUACGAAUGUAAGAAGAAGGGAACCGGUUGAUUUGAUUCUAACGCAAUACGUAACGGGACUUGGUAAUGUGGGCACUCGAGUAUCGAUGCAUCCGUCACGGGCAUACCAAGAGCUCUUACUGCCGAGACUGGCCGACUACGCUACUCCUGAGAAUAUUGAGAAAUACACGAAAUUGGCAACGGACCAGAAGGACAGCACGCCGUUCAGCUCUGCCUUGGUAGAAAAAACGAUCAAGUACCUGUCGCAGAAGCGGAUAACAAUCACAAUGUCGAAGGACGUGCCGUGGACGUUGGAGAAGUGGCAUAUAAAAGCGAAUUUCCGCAAGGCUGGUAUCCACCUACCGGAGGACGCUAUAGCGAUACCCGAAAGGCCAAUAUCCGGGCCGAAUCUGGAUCUAGAGGGAAAGGAGUUUUACGUGACUCUUACGAUUAAUAAUCGCGAGCAGGUGAAGGUGAGAUGUCUCCUGCAUCACUGGACGCUGGAAAAGCCGCCGAUACCCGGUGACGAGUUCUGGAAGACGCCAGGCGAGCCGAUAUUUCCCGAGGACAAGCCGAUUUUAGACUCUCUUCCGCCCUUCUGGGUGGAAAAAAAGAAAACUAUAUCGUAUUUCUAAUGUAUUGUGUUACACUGUAAAUAAAUAACGCUUAACGGGGAAUAAGAAUGCACACGUUUUCUUAAAAGUUCCCAACUUAGAUA